AACUGUACACAACCAGAAAAAAGUUGUUGAUCUGAUUUAUAUGUGGAGAUUGAUAUUACCGAUUGUUUAAGAAGGAGAUACUGUAUUGCCUGAGGUUAUGUGUCGGUAGUUCACUGCCCUGAAGCCUCUGUUACUGUUCUAUGAUUUCCUUCCUCGGUCCCCCUGCUGCUCCAAGCCCCCUGGUCUGGUGACCAUGGUGACAGAACGGGUUUCUAUCUGAUGGCUUCCUUUGGCUUUAGAUCACUCUGUUGUUGUCUAUGUGGAUCUAAGAGAAAAUUCCAAAAACUACAGACUUCUGAACCUGUUGAAGAAGUAGAAUCCUUGCCAUUGAAAAAAGUCCAGACUGAACAGCCCAAGUUUGUGAGGUCUACCACCCCCAUCUUAGAGAAAGAGGGAAGUUGUGUAUCAAUCUCAGAAAAGGAGGAAAGUACUGUCUUAGCUGUAGAAGAGGAGGAGAGCACAGCUCCCAUUGCUGCUGAGGAAGAGAGUCUUUUGUUAGGCUUUGAAGGAGAGUCUAUCUCUCAAACUGAAAGUAAAACUAACACACCUCUCCUACCAAGAGAGCCUAUACUAGAACCGACAACAGAUAGUGUACUAGGUAGUUCUGAGCAGCCAAUCUCAUUUACUGAAAGGGAACUAAAGUUAGACAAUACAAAAGUUGUUACCAAGAAACCCAAGUCAAUUCCUGAUCUAUUUACCUGUGUUGAAAGUUCAAAUACACAAUUAGAACCAACUUUUGUCAAGGAGACAUUUAAGCCUUCAGGUGAUCCAAGUAAAGUCAGUAAAGAGGAAGAAAAGGAAACUGUAUCUUUACCAAAACAGGAAGUUAAAGAACAAGAAGUGAAGACAGGGAAAGGGGAAGUAACUGAGAGGAAAGACAGCCCUUCUACUGAAAAGGACAAACUUCUAGAAGCAAUUAAUUUGACACUGACAAACAUUAUGGAAAAAGCAGAUAAAUUAGUUGUGGAACAGGUAUCAGUCAAUAUGGCUACAAAGUCUGAACAUGCUGCUCCGAACUCAGAAGUACUCUCAUCAUUGGUGGAGCAGAUCCAAGCACCUGCUGAAAGAGAAGCAACUCCUGACUCUGAUGGUUCCAUGCAUGGUAGCUCUGGAUCUGAGGCUUUGGAGGAAGCACUUAAGGAUGCUGGGAUUGUUAAUGGGGAUAAGCAUGAGGAAAAGGGGGGAGAUAAACAGGAAAAAGGGGAUAAGAAGGAAGAAAAGACUGGGAAAAGUAAAAAGAAAGAAGACAAAACCAUAGAUCACAUAUUAAGGGCUUUAAGCAGUUUACAGACAACAGAGGAAAAACUGGCAGCUCUUUGUAAAAAAUAUGCAGAUUUACAUGAAGAGCAUAGGGUUUUACAGAGUACACAUAAACAACAUCAGAGGAAGUUAGCUAUGGUAACAAGGGAAAAAGACCAGCUGCAAACAGAACACACCAAGGCAGUGAUGGCUAAGAGUAAACUAGAGGGACUCUGUCGUGAAUUACAGAAACAUAAUCAGGUCAUCAGGCAAGAAAGUUUACAAAGAGCAAGAGAAGAGGAUGAAAAGAGAAAAGAGAUAUCAAAUAAAUUUCAGUCCACCAUUUCGGAGAUUCAGCAACAGAUGACGGACCAUCAUGACAGAAAUCUGAAGCUGCGAGAGGAAAACCAGGAACUGGCCGGCAAACUCAAAAAGUUCAUUGAACAGUACGAGGUCCGAGAGAAGCAAGUGGAGAAGGUGAUGCAGCAUAGAGAGCUGGAGCAGAAGUUAGCAGACGCUAAGCUGGAGCAGGCUAAUGCUUACCUAGCAGAGGAGCAGGAGAAGUGUAGAAAGGAGCAUUUAGUGGCUGCAGAGAAUGCCAAGCGUGCAGCUCUGUUAGAAACUCAACUAGCGAUGUAUAAAGAAAGAUAUGAAGAGUUUCAGUCCACCAUUAAUAGAAGCAAUGAUAUGUUCCAAAAAUUUAAAACAGAGAUGGAAAAGAUGACAAAAAGAAUCAAGAAAUUGGAGAAAGAUGGAGCAGCCUGGAAGAAUAAAUGGGAGAAUGCCAAUAAAGCGUUACUGGAAAUGGCAGAGGAGAAACAACUGUACGACAAAGAGAAACCAUUGCUUCUCAAUAAAAUCCAGAAGCUUGAGUCACUGUGUAGAGCCAUGCAAGCCGAGAGGCUUGGGAGAAAGGCAGCAGAGGCACACAACAUAGAUAUAUCCAAUAUAGAUGAAGAAUUACCAAAAGUGUUGGCUAGUUCCACAACUCCUCCCAAAUCUUCUCCAGCCAAGUUAAAACCUCAGGCUGAAAAUGCCUCACCUUUAGCAUCAGGGUCUGAUGAGAAAUCCCCACCCACAGAACCCAGUAGGGAGGAAGAGACAGAGGAUGAUGCCAUUUCUGCUUCAACAGACAAAGAUGAACCCAUACAGAAGUCAGAGGAAACUCCGCCUGAACCUAUAGAGAAGACAGAGGAAACUCCAGCUGAGUCAAAUCCAGAGCCUCAACCUGAAGCUAAAACUGCUGAAACGUAGCGAAGAGGAACUCUUUAAAAUUUCUUUGUAUUUUUUUUAAGCUCACCACAGCCAUACGAUCAAGGAAGCUUUUCUGACUGAAAUUUGUCUGCCUUCUGUAUGGAAACGUGUAUAUAUGUGGAAAUGUUUGUCAGAGGUUAAGUUUUCGGCAUCUUGAACUAGAAUAGCUUCAUACUAUGUCGUGAAAUAUUACACUUUCAUUAUAUGGUGAUGCUAAUGAUUUAACUUUUUAGUCUUCAGAAGCUUUAAAUUCCAAGAUAACCACGUUGGUUUUUGAUUUGUCAUUCAUUUUUGACAUUUGUAGAAGGUUUCCUUUCUAUCACUAAAAUUUUUCUGAUAUUUUCCUACACUGGAAUUGAUGCAAUGCAAUGUUUUGGAGUGAACAGAAUUUUCAAAUGUUUAGCAUGCCUUCCAAUUGAAUUCUUUCAUUUGUCUUUUAUAUAACUGGCUGCAAGUUCAUUAAACCUAGUCAGUUAUCCUCUAAAUGCUCAGUUAGAUCUAUGACUUGUAGCAGUGAUCUGAACUGAAUUUUUUGUGUAACUGUUAAACAGUUUUUUUUUUUUUUUUUUUUUUUUUUUUGUGAUUAUCAGAUAAAAUUAUCGUUUAGGUGAUACUGAUUUGGAUUCAGGUGAGAUGUGUGACCCAGUGGCCUCUUUGUUUUGUAAGCCAUGAUGUAAAAAAUUCAAUACACCAAGUACAGCUUUUAGUAUGUAUAAGAUGAUCAAAGAUGUUUUAAGAGCAAUAUUUUAACUUUUGAUUAUUUAAAGUUUGUUGAUUAAUAAAGAAGAAAGUUUGCUGUA